CCUACAAUUUGAUGAAUUGUGCCAGUUUAACCUCUUCCAGAGAAGCCAAAUCGCUUUUUUGUCACGCUUGUACGUUAGUUAGCAUGCUAGCUCCAGGCUGUGUGUCAGUGCCAGUGUUGGUGGCCUUUCGUGGCUCUCUCUUACAUAUCAAUUAGCGCACAUGACAAUUUUAAAGAGCAUGGAGCUGCUCGAUUCGUCGUUCGAAGUCAUUCCACUGCUUGUUGGCUGUCGUCGAGUCAAGUGAGGUGUCAUGAUUAAGAUGAAUAAGGAAGUAAUGUCACGUGUGGCGAAGAAGAGGCAAGCAGACCCUAAGGUGGUCCAGUACGUGUGGGCCGCCAUAGAAGUCAUCCGCAACCAGAAGCAGAUCGCUAACAUGGACCGCAUCUCCAAGUACCUGAGCCGCGUGUUCAACAUGCACCCCAAGGAGACGGCCAGACAGCUGAGCCUGGCCGUGAAAGAUGGCCUGGUGGUGGAGACCCUGACUGUGGGCUGCAAGGGUUCCAAAGCUGGCAUCGAACAGGAAGGCUACUGGCUGCCUGGCGACGAAAUGGAGUCUCAAGCGGAGGGAAGCAAGGUUGGGGAGGGGGAUCAAGCCAACAUCUCCUCUGCUGUGUGUCCUCCACAGGAGUGGGAGCCUGAGAGCCAUGACUGGUACUGCUUUCAGUGUCACCUGCCGGGCGACGUGCUGCCCUGCGACAAUUGCUUUCGUGUCUUCCACCUCAAGUGUCUGCCAGAGGAGGGCAGGCCCCACGACGCCGGGUCCCACUGGCAGUGUGUGGUCUGCAGGGGAAGUAAAAAGAAGAACUUGAACAAGCAGGAGAUGUGCAAAUAUCUGCGCUUCAUUGUCCAGCGGAUGAAGGAGAGGGCUGUGGACUUGAACAAGAAAGGCAAGGACACCAAACAUCCCAUGUACAGACGACUCAUCCACACGGCGCUGGACGUCUCCAACAUACAGGAGAAUCUGUCCGAGGGCAAGUACAAGAACUUUGAGGAGUUCAAGGCCGACGCCCAGUUGAUUGUUCACAACACGGCCAUCUUGUACGGAGUUCACAGCGACCAGGCUGAGAUCGCACGGCUGCUCUUUAGUGACACCUGUCAUGAGCUGAAUGAGCUGUUGCUGUGUAAGAACUGUUUCUACCUGUCCAACGCUCGCCCCGACAACUGGUUCUGUUACCCCUGUAGUCCAAGUCAUGACCUGGUCUGGGCCAAGAUGAAAGGUUUUGGCUACUGGCCUGCCAAAGUCCUGCAGAGAGAAGACAACCAGGUGGACGUACGCUUCUUUGGCCACCAGCAUCAAAGGGCGUGGAUCCCUGCAGACAACAUCCAGGACAUCAAGGUGAGCGUGCAGCAGCUGCAGGUGAAGCGUAGCAGUGGGUGGAAGAAAGCCUGCGACGAGCUGGAGGUCUACCAGCGCUUCCUGAAGGAGGGUCGCUUCUGGAAAACCAAGAUUGAAGAUGCCGGCCAACCGAGCCAGCGGAAGGCGUCGCAGAACGAGAGCGACGGUGGCGGGAGGACGGAGCAGCCGGAGCGAAACGACGAGGCCGAGUCCAGCAUCUCGUCCACCAGCAACGAGCAGGUUCGACAGAUGAAAGGCAGCCAUGAGCCGAAAGCCAAGAAAAGUCGUCGAAGUCAACAGGUGGAACCCAAAGAAGAAGCUAGCGACCCGGAACCCGAGAUGGAGGCAGUCAGCUCCAGUCAGGAGAUCCCCGUGUCGUCGGCGCCACCGCAGCCUGAGAGGCUGUCGGUGUCCACGCAGACCAAGAAGGCCAGCGGGGGGUCGCCUCGCACGCUGCACCGCGGCACGCAAACCGCCUCCGACGGCGCCUGCCAGAACAUGUGCCACGAAAAGUACACCAAGGUGUUCAGCGACGUCAAGGAGAUGAUGAAAGCCGACAACAAGAGGGAGACGGAGCGAGUGGUCCGGGAAGCUCUGGAGAAGCUGCGGGCGGAAAUGGAGGAGGAGAAGCGGCAGGCGGUGGGCAAGGCGGUGGGCGGGGCUCAGGCGGAGAUGGACAGGAAGUGCAAGCAGGUGAAGGACAAGUGCAAAGAGGAGCUGGUGGAGGAAGUGAAGAAGCUGGUGAGCCAACACAAACAACUCAUCUCGCAGACCAAGAAGAAACAGUGGUGUUACAACUGCGAGGAGGAGGCCAUGUACCACUGCUGCUGGAACACCUCCUACUGCUCCAUCAAGUGUCAGCAGGAGCACUGGCACGCCGACCACAAGCGCACCUGUCGCAGGAAGAGAUGAACUAGCCUUACCCUCUCAGCACGCCAUUGGAUUUUAGCCCCUCCGGUCGUCAGUGACUGCAACACACACACACACACACACACACAAACUGACCUUCUUCCUUUGUGACUCCCAUCUUUUAAACAUUGUAUUAUUUUUUUUAUUUAAGGUGAUUUUUCUGGCGAUUUCAUUUUCUUAAAUGUAGUUUCUGUCACAGAGAUGUGUGACAGGAUGUUAUUUAAGCGUGCAGCAUUAACUUCUUUCCUUUUAAAAAAAAAAAAAAAAAAAAACUAUUUCAAGGGGAUAUAAAACACAAAAUGUGAAAAAAGACGACAAUGAACCGACGACACAGCACCUUUUUUAAUCGGAUCAUUUAUUGGGGACAGGGUCGCGAAACAAAUCUUAGAAUUUAUUAUUAAUGUUUCACUUUAUUGUGCAUGUUUUCUUUAACUGCACAACGUUGUCAUAACAAUGUUUUGUUUUUUUAAACAUUUGUCUCCAUGGUAACACUACAGUACGAUAAUCACCAUGUUAAACCAAAUGACAACCUUGAUGCUGUUCGUCCAUGGCGUCACCAGGUGGCGCCCUAAACCUCUUCAAAGUGUUUCCUCUGUGAUGAAGACUGACUGAAUAGGACUUUUUUUUUUUUUUAACGUUGUUACCGUAACUCUUCUAAUAGGGCCACACCAUGACGCAAAAGUCUGCUUUUAUUGUGAAGUAUGUGUCAAAGCCUUUUCCAAGCCAAGUCAGGAUGCUGAGACAGGAGCUGCUAUUGGAAGAUUUACAUAAACGGUCAAGCUUUUUUUUUUUUUUUUUUCGCCUUUUGGCUUCUCUCAGCUUCCUGGAAGUUGUCAACUUCCAACUGUAAAUCAGACUUUUCAGGACUAAAUGUUGCGGCGUCGGGGGUCUUCAAGGCCGUUGCACUACGUGUAAAUAACGUGUCCUGCGUCAUGUGUGUACUUCUGUAAAUGACGUCACACGUGCUUGCAUCAGCCUCUCCUGUUGCUAUGACGACCUGCUGCUCUCCUCUUGGUUUCACGUCUCCACUUUGACCUUUCUCUGAUGAGUACCUGGUCCUCUUCCACCCGUUAUUCCAGCGUGCACGUGCAUGAGAAAGACCGCGCCUUUUCAGCAUCCUCGCCUUCGUUUGAUUGAAGACUUAUGCAAAGUGAGCACAAAGUGUUUGUUUGUUUUUUUUUAGUUUUGUAAAGCCGACUGCUCAUUGUUAUAAAGACUUUGUAGUAAUCAUAAAGACAAAGUUAUACUCGUCACAUCUUUCUGUUGCUCUAGCUAGCAAUAUGUAUAUAAUCUAUUCUAUGUGCUAACAUGGAGCAAAUAAAUGUAUCACCAAGUCUCA